GUUACAAUUGCGUCACAAAAAAAAUUCUUCUCUUCAUCUCGCACACCACUUUCAACUCUAUAUCCUACCGAGAAAACUCUGAGAAAAUUGGAUAUUGAGGACUGAUGCCUACACGGCUUCCUAAAGAGUUAACAAUGACACGUCUCGCUUCAAAGCGUCACUGUCUUCGAACUCACAAUGCCUUCCAUUCAUUCAGCCUGGACAACAGGUUACUGCCAAGUUCAAGGUCGCAAUCCUUGUCAUAUUAUCGCCAGCUGUCAGCUUGUUCUUCGCGAAAGUCAUCAAAUCAUUCAGAUAUUUUGAUGCCUUCACCGGUUUAUCCUCAUCGCCCGUAUACGUUUCAUAUAGCCACCAGCUGGGCAGGAAAACCAUCCACGGGUGAUGAUAGAGUCACCGAUGACCAGCCUUUCCCGCCCGAGAGUCCAAUAGGGCGUUGGCGAGAAGAAAUGCUUGACAGAGACAUUGGUCUAAAGAAGAAACGUAGAGGCAAAGACUGGGUUCAGGAUGCGGGAGAGGACUUUUUCUAUGUACAGGAGAUGCGAAAUGGAUCGGGUGCAGCGUUUGGUCUCGCAGACGGGGUUGGAGGGUGGAUAGAAAACGGAAUCAAUCCUGCAUUAUUCUCGCAAUCCUUAAUGUAUCACGCACAUCGAUAUUCACGAAAUGCUUGGGCCGGAGAACCAGAGAUUGAUCCGACACUCGACUAUGAGGAACGGGAACAAGUAGAAGGAUGGGAACUCACUCCAUACCACUGUUUAGAUCUGGCGCUAGGUGGCGUUCUCCGAGAAAGAUAUGUCCAGGCCGGUUCAAGUACGGCUUGUUUACUGACACUCAACUCCUCCUCUGGAUUAUUGCGUUCCGCAAAUUUAGGCGAUAGUGGCUACUCUAUAAUACGGUCGUCAAACGUGAUCUACAAAGAGAAAGUACAGACCCAUUUCUUCAAUUGCCCAAAGCAGUUAACGAAGCUUCCUGCAAACCCUGGUCGCAAAUUCGCUCGGGUCUGUAUAGACUCACCCAAAGAAGCUAACACACAUUCGAUUAACCUACGCGACGGCGACCUUGUUGUCGCCUAUACCGAUGGUUUCUCCGACAAUGUUUUCCCAUCGGAAAUGCUAUCAAUAUGCUCUCUAGUAGGACGAAAAGAUGCCACGGAGGAUGAGCAAGUGCAGAGUAUGGCCGACAACCUGAUUUUAUAUGCACGGCAGUGCAUGAUGGAUAGGCAGAGAAUCAGUCCUUUCGAGAGGGAAGCUGCCAGAGAAGGGAUGUUCUUCCGCGGAGGUAAAAUCGACGAUGUGACCGUCGUUGUUGCACUCGUGCGGGAGACCUCGUAGACAUGCAGGUAUAAUAUCAAUAAUUAAUUGAGACUAUCGAUUCGCGACCCCCUAGACGUUCUUCCCUUUACUGACCUUUGCGGAUGGGACACCUGUAGACCUCUAUGUACAUUAACCGCCUUCGCGGUAGUGGCAUAUAUAAGUAAUCCUAAGCCUUAUGAUAAUCGUGCCAGAGAAGUUGAGUAAAUAUUACAAUUUAUAUUGCGAAUAA